AUGGCCCAAAGUGUGGUUUAUGCUGACCUGAGGUUUGCCAAGGUGAUGGGGGGCCGGAGCAUGGCCAGCCAGGCGCUGGAGGCAGCCCUCGGCAUGGAUGAGGCAGAGAGCCCCUACGAGAACAUGCAGCCAGCGCCGGUGGGGCAGGAUGGGGUUGGGGCCCAGCCCAGCCCAGGACGCUGGUCCUGGCAGUGGUGCAUCCGUGUGGGGCUGCUGGCAACCUGCCUCCUGCUGCUGGUGGCCACUGUGGCCCUGGGGGCUUGCUACUGGCAGGUCACCCGCAGACUGCAGGACACGUCCCGUGAGCACGCGGCCGAGCAGGGCCGCCUCGAGCGGGAGGUGAGCGUGCAGCAGCAGAGCCUGGAGCAGGCGCGGCUGGAGCUGGCGUGGGCCAGAGCAGAGCUGCAGCGAGCGUGGCGAGAGGGCAACAGCAGCCGGCUGGAGCUGGGGAGCCUGAACGCUGAGCUGGGGCGCGUCAUGGGGGUCCUGGGGAAGACAGAGAAGGAGAUGCAGGAGGUGCAGGGGAAACUCAACAACAGCGAGAGCACUGUGGCCAUCCUGCGCUCCUGCACAGCUAUAGAUUGCUGCCCUUCGGGCUGGUUGCUGUACAGGGGCAAGUGCCUCUUCAUCUCAUCGGAGAAGAAGACAUGGGAGGACAGUAGAGAUGAGUGCGAGAGGAAAUAUUCUCAGCUCCUGGUCACCAAAUCCUGGAGUCGCUGGACCGUGCCGACCUUUCUGAAGAAUGCAGACAUCCCAUACUGGAUUGGGCUGCAGAAGAGCAGUUUCCCCUGGUAUGACUACGGCUGGCUGGAGGAAGGGGACCCAGAUGGCGAGGAGGUCUCAGACGCCUGGUUUUGGGUGGACGGCUCCCUUUAUGAAAGACCAUGGCAGUCAAAGUUGAAUGGAUCCUGUGCUGUAAUAAGCCGUGGAAACAUCAGACCUGCCCAAUGUGCUGGUCCCGAAGACCUGCACCUCUGGAUCUGCGAGAAGGCAGCGGGUCCGAGCUCCCCUUUCAUGUGAUGAUGGUCUCUGGCCCCAGCACCUCUGGGCACCUCCACCCUGCUCUGCCUCUGCUUCAGCCUCGCUGCUCUCCUGCCCGGCAUGUCCCAUCCAUGCAAGCAACCCCCUUCCCUCUCAC